AUGCACUCCAGUGUCCAGGAUGAUGAAUUGUUGAGGAAAUUCUGGGAAUUAGAAGAACCAUCUGGAACAAAAAGGAUGCUCACGGAGGAAGAAACCAAAUGUGAAGAACUAUUCAAGACAACGACGACAAGGAAUAAGGACGGCAGAUAUGUCGUAAAGUUGCCGGGGAUCGCUGAAAAAAGACUGAAAGGGUUAGAAGUAAGGUUAGCGAGAAAUGAUAAAUUAAAGGUUGAGUACGCUAAGGUGAUACAAGAAUAUUUAAGUCUCAAUCACAUGGUAGAAGUAUCAGAUAGGGAUAGUAUAAGGGGAGUUUACUUACCUCAUCACGCUGUAGUCCGUGAGGAUAGGGAAACAACAAAGGUGCGUGUUGUAUUUGAUGCUUCCUGUAAGUACAAUAACGGGCGGUCACUGAACGAUGAUUUAAUGGUUGGCCCAGCUUUGCAAGACGAUCUUCGUCAUAUCAUUAUGCGCUGGAGAGUACAUCGAAUUUGUAUAGUGGCUGAUAUAGUGAAAAUGUACCGACAAGUUUUAGUUAAUAGGCAAGAUACUCCAUUACAACGAAUACUUUGGCGGGAUGAUCCUGAAAAGGAAAUAAAGGCUUAUGAAUUGAUAACGGUUACCUUCGGUACAGCCUCGGCACCAUACUUAGCUGUGAAGGCUCUUCAACAGCUUGCAGCUGAUGAAUGCGGGGACAAUUUAGAUCUGGCCAAAAUAAUAGUAAGCGAUUUCUAUAUGGAUGAUUUAAUGUCAGGAGCUGAAACUGAAGAAGAUGCAUUUAAAAUUUAUACGGAUAUAACCAAAAUUCUAGGUAAAGGCGGAUUUGAAUUACAAAAAUGGAAAAGAAAUUGUCAAGGAUUAUUAAAUAAAAUUAGAGAUGGAAAUGAUGAAGCGUUACAGAUUAAAAUAGAUGAAUUAACAAAAAUCUUAGGACUUACCUGGAAUGCGCGCGACGAUUGCUUCCAAUACUCCCUGGAGCUUAAGCCAAUAGCUGGACCUGUAACAAAAAUAAAAAUAGCAAGCAUAAUAGUAGCAAAAACAUUGAUUCAAAAAUUGUGGUUAGCAGGGCUGCAGUGGCAUGAAGAAGUUCCAAAGAAUUUAUUAAAAGAAUGGGUUACUUACCAUGAAAACUUAGCUUCUUUAGUUGAUAUAAAAAUGCCACGUUGGUUGAACACGGGAAAGAAAUUAAAACGAGAAUUAUACGGGUUUUCAGAUGCUUCUAAGUUAGCAUACGCGGCGGUUGUAUACCUUAGAGUAGUUGAUGAUAUGGGUUAA